GUGCCCUAAAACCUUUGCUCCAGCACACAGCGCAUCCCUCCCACCCCAUCUUCUCCGGCGUGUGCGGCCUGCGCUUCCCUCCUCCUAGCCCCCGACCCACGCGAGAGAGAAACCUUAGCCUAGGGUUUCACCCGCCGCCGCCGCCGCCAUCCCCGCCUAACCUUCCGCCCGCGCUCGCGAUGGACGCCGGCCGCAAGAGGGCCGUGCCGGAGGGCACCAACGGAGGCGGCGCGGCCAAGCGCCCGAGAGCAGAAUCGGAGUCAUUUCAAAUGGGUGUAGGAAGCAAAUCGAAGCCAUGCACCAAAUUUUUCAGCACUGCUGGUUGUCCCUUUGGUUCGGGUUGCCAUUUUCUCCAUAACUUCCCUGGAGGCCACCAGGCGGUUUCAAAGAUGACCAACUUGGGUGGACCAGCUGUUGCCACUCCUCCAGGAAGAAUGCCUAUGGGACCUGGUGUUCCUGAUGGACCACCCACUCCUGGCGUGAAGACUCGCAUGUGCAACAAGUUCAAUACUGCAGAAGGCUGUAAAUGGGGGAACAAGUGUCACUUUGCUCAUGGAGAGAGGGAGCUUGGAAAGCCCAUGCUGUUGAAUAACUCAAUGGUACCUCCAAUGGGACCAAGGCCCAACGGUCACUUUGUGCCACCACCAAUGCCUGCCCCGGACAUGGUUCCUCCCUCAACCUUUGGUGCCUCAGCCACGGCCAAGAUCAGUGUUGACGCAUCCCUUGCUGGUGCCAUCAUUGGGAAGGGUGGAGUCAACACAAAGCACAUAUCACGAAUCACUGGGGCCAAGCUAGCGAUCCGAGAUAACGAGGCUGACCCCAACUUUAAAAACAUUGAGCUUGAAGGAACAUUUGAUCAGAUCAAAUAUGCCAGUUCCAUGGUGACUGACCUAAUUGUCCGCAUUGGUGGUAAUGCCCCUCCAGCUAAGAACCCAACAAGGGGACCUCAUGUUGGGGGAGGUGGAAACAAUUUCAAGACCAAGCUUUGUGAUAACUUCAGCAAGGGUUCUUGCACAUUUGGAGACAGGUGCCACUUCGCCCAUGGUGAAAGUGAGCUGCGUAAAUCGGUUGCCGCUUGAAAGAAGCUUGUCGUGAUUAGUAGUGAUUAGACUGCCAGAAGUUUGGGCUCCAGAUCUCAUGAACAUGGCAAAAUUGAGUUGUGCAAGCCUGCUGCUGCUUGGGAGAUAUUUGCCAUGGCUUGUUAUCUUAUCAGAUUGCUGUAACUCUGAAAUAGUUAUCCGAGGACUUGCUUUUGAGAUUUGUAGGCUUACUGUAUUGCUGUCUCUCUUUUUUUUCUCUCUGCUAUCCAUUCGAUUUUUGUACUAUUUCCCAGUAAUUUUCAUUUGGCAAAUUAUAGUGAUUC